AGUUUCUUUGUUAUUUUAUUGAUAGUUUUGUAAACUCGGUUGUUGUCGAGCUUGUAGGUAGAGUUGUUGUGGUUUUUAUCAAGCUAGCAUCAAAGUUAGCAAAUAUUAGCUAUAUAUAAGUAGUCCGGUCAACAGUGGUGACUGUUUUUGGGAAAUAUGUGGAGAGCAAACACAGUUUGAAUGAGUCCUUUGCUGUCUGUUCCUGGUUUGUAAAGUUGGAUAUUAAUGCGUCUAAAUCAUGAAGUAACUAACUAUACAUAUCACGAAAAAGUAAAACAAACCGUAACAUAUCGGUUGUUUAAUAGUUGUGGAUUGUGUACUUCUCUGUUAGUACUGAAUUCAAGUCAUUUUAUCACUGGUACUACUCAAAAUGUCCUCCCCAGGCCUUUGUGUUGCUGCUAGAGUAGUGGCUGUUUGGGGGGGCUUCACUGCAUGUUUCUUUGUGGUGUUCACGGUCCUUUGUAGCAUUAAACUGCAGGAUCUUCAGGGCUCAAAUAUCUCUAAAGGUCAUAUCAAGUGUCUUAAAGUGUGCUUUUAGCAGCAGAUUCGCUGGUGUUUGCUGUAGAGGGGCUUAUUUUACGCGCUCACUAAUAAUGUUGGCGCGUAGGAUGAGAUUGAAAUGAUGAUGACCGCAACUUCCAAAACCAUGUCUAGACGAAGUGGUCGCCUGCAGAAAAGAUCUGAAAAUGCUCCAGGGAAGAAAAGCAAAGUAACUAAGCAAAGCAACAGAAAAAAGAUCCAGCCCCUGUCAAAGCUGCAAUGUGAGAAGAACUAUACAGUACUUGAGUGCGUGGCUGAGCCUUGUGUUCUCAUCAAAGCUGCUGUGAGGGGAGUGGACUGCGAGGCCGUUCUCACUGCCACACACACCCUGGUUCAGCCGUCCCCUCUGCCUCCUCUUGGAUGGGGAUCUCCUGAAGACGUGUGGGUGAAGAUGGUGGGCAGGGAGCAGAACUACACACACAGCAAGAGCUUCAUGCAGAAACACCCCGCGAUACAGCCCAGAAUGAGAUCCAUACUGCUCGACUGGUUAAUUGAGGUGAGUGAGGCCUACACUCUGCACCGGCAGACGUUCUACCUGGCUCAGGAUUACUUCGACCGCUUCAUGUUGACGCAGGACAACAUUGAGAAGAACAUGCUGCAGCUCAUCGGGAUAACCUGUCUCUUUAUAGCAUCCAAGAUGGAGGAAGCCUGUCCUCCCAAGCUCUCACAGAUGGCCUAUGUGACUGCAGGGACUUACUAUGAAGAAGAGAUCCUGCAGAUGGAGCUCAUCAUUUUGAAGGCACUGAAGUGGAGCCUUUGUCCUGAAACAGCCGUCUCCUGGCUGAAGCUUUACUUCCAGGUGGCAUCCAUGAGCACAAACUCUGACCUGCUGGAGUCGCAGUUUCCACAGGAGGCUUACGUGCAAAUGACACAGCUUUUAGAUUUGUGUAUCAUCAACAUAAACUCUCUGGUCUUUGAGUAUCGAGUGUUGGCUGCCUCGGUGCUGAGUCAUUUCAUUCAUCAGGAAACAGUGGAGAAAGUUUCAGGUCUGUGCACACACUCCCUGCAGCAGUGUGUGAGCUGGAUGGCCCCCACUGUGGAGGCACUUAGCUUUUUUGGCAGAGCGGCGCUGAGAGACUUUGUCAGUAUAAAGAAAGAAGACCGACACAACAUCCAGACGCACCUGGACUACAUGAGCAUGCUGGUUCGUGUAUUCUGCUGAGAUAUUGCAUUACAUUAGUUUGGCUUCUUCAGGAGGGCGUCAAUCAAAAGGAAGUGAGCGGCCAGUUCCUCACUCCGCCCAGCAGCACAGAGAAGAGCGUCUCACACUGAAGCUCAAGAGGAAGACUCUGAAGAGUGUGAACCAAGAGGGCCGGGGUUCAGGUCCCAACCAGAAGAGCUCGAGUACUGGAAACCACUCCAAAGCAGAGGCAGACGGACUGUGAACCCGAACACUGAAGAGUUUACUCCACGCCUGCUGAACUCAAAUGUCUCUGAAUGCAUUAUCCACGGUCUCUCUAAAAAUGAUUGGCCAAAGCUUUUUUUGCUUGAUUUUAGCAACUGGGUGCUUUAAUUCAGAAAUGCAUUUUUUUCAAGGAGUGGAAUUGUCAUUUCUAGGAAAUGAAAGUGAUGUGCAAUUGUUUACUUUUGUAGCAUAUGAAAUAUGUUGGUAGUCAGCAGAUCAAAUCUUUGAAACACUGCUUCAGGGUCAGAUGAAAUGUGUCAUUGUUUUCAAAUGGAUGACUUUGUAGCUUUUUAUGAACCUUAAUGAAAGCUCCAGCUGAUUAAGACAUUGUUGCUGAUGUGAUCCAGCCUUUGUUUGUGUGACUCAGGGCCAUGAAGAGUCAGUGAUUUAUGUUCUUAUUCUCAUUUUAAAUGAUUGCAUGUGUACAAAUGAGCAACUAUUUAUUUUAGAAGUUUAUUUUCUACCACAAAAUAAAAAAUGUACAUUCCCCACCC